AUGCAGGGUUUGUGGUCCCGAGCAACCGCUCGGCUACCGUCCUCGAGCUGCCGUUGCCAUGCUUGCCUGAGGACGUAUGUCAACGGAGUCGCCUCACGCCCUACCUCGACAAACCGUCGCGGCCUCCGUGUAGCCAACGCCGUCACCACGCUUUACUCGAGUAUUUUCGCCGGUGCCGCCAUUGCAGACGCCAUAGCUAAACGAAAGCGCCGGCAAGAAUGGGACGACAAAAUCGCGGCUGUCAAGGAAGAAGUGAACGAAUUGGUCGACGAGGAGCGUCGUCUACUGGAAGUACUUUCUAUCAGAGAACUUCGACACACUGGUAGUACUGUUGCUACGCAGACUCGAUUGUAUAGCACUAGCUCUCGACCAAUCCGGGCGGCCCGGGGUCUUAGAGAGUCGCAUUCACUAGUCUCUCCGGCAAAGGAUAUGGUGGACGAUAGCAAUACGGCUGGAAAGGAAGGGCCUAGCAACGAUGUGCCAAUAAACCCAGAGAUAACGACGCCUGCAGAGGACGCUGAAAUCGACGCGUCGCCCGCUCAGGCUACUGAAUCAACCCUGAAAGACGUCAAUGACGAGGAAGUCGAGAAUAUAGAAUAUGAUUCCAUGGAUAAUUUUGCAGACAUAAACAAUGUCAUACCACGACCAGAGCCGGAUUUCAUAUGGGAGCGCUCUAGUAUAACUCGAAUAAAGGCUAUUCAGAAACUGGCCGUGCAACAACUCGUCUACCGAUUACUGGUGCGACCGGCUAUUGUUCAUGAUUACUCAGGCCUGCCCGUGGACUAUCAGAUGGACGAUGCGCUUAACCGCACGCCGAGCAAUUUACUUCGUCGGCUUCAGGCUGUACGGCGUCGGCUGUACUCGCUGAAAUAUAUCAAGGAUUCGCCGUAUGACGAUCUUAUGCAAAACCUUGGAAUUGAAGAGGUAGACGUUAUGCGUCGGUAUGUGCGAGAACGCUAUGAUGCAUUUCUCAAACAAGAUAUCCAACAAUAUUUGAGUGGCAAACUAUCCCUUCAGAAACUCCUGAUGCAAGUCGCGGACAACUUAUUGUCCUGUGAGGAACCCGAUCGCCCCUUCGCGUUUGCACUUCUCAUAUCUGCCUUUAGCAGAACACAUCAAAACGACUUGGCUGAUUUGGUGCUGAAAUGCUUGAUCCCGAAUCUGUUCCAGCUUAGCACACCAUUGAUCAUCGAUAUUAUCACACACUUCCGAAAGACCAAAAAUCUCAAGGACUUCGAUCUAUUCCUUCAAAUGCUCAGGGGUGAAGGCGGCUAUCAUGUCAAUCUCCGAAAGACGUGGCAAAAGAAGACUGUGAAUGGAAUUACAAUCACAGUACCUCCUAUGAGCAGCUUCAACCCUAUCAUUCUCACCAGUGUUAUCACAGCCACUCUUCGCUUUGAUCAACCGGAGAAAGCAGAGGCAUACAUGCACGUCGCUCGUGCUAAUGGAUUUGUUGAUAAUUUUGCUACCUUGUCCGCGUUCUUGCGAUUCUACUCUGUUCGCAAGCAUUACAAGAGUGGUCUGUCUACUCUUUCAAGAGCAUUGACCUUCAUCGUCUCAUCUUCAGAUCUUGAAGAAUCGCGCAUCGCCCGACUCAUCCUAUAUAUGGCCGAUUUCUGCGCUUGUUGUGGUCGAGAUGACCUGUUUUCCACAUUGGUCCAUGCUGCCGUACAAAGCGGGUUCGACUGCAACCAUGCUCAAAGACCAGGAGCGUCCACAUCUUACUUGGCCGCCAGUUAUAGGCGAUGGCGACAAACACAAGAGAAGCUCGCAAUUGAAGGCCCCGAGCAGCAGCAGGAGGAACGACCACUGUCGGAAAAAUGUGCCACCUUUGUCGCUCUAACCGGCGAAAGAAUAAGUCAGUUGCAGCGGGAAGCACAUGGCGUCAAUUCCACAGUAUCAACGACACAUCUCUACCAUGAACUUCAAGAUGCUCACAGGAGGCUGACACAUGCCGGCCUACAACAAGCCGAUUUCGACAACAGCAACAGCAAAAGACCACACACAUCAUCAGAUCAACCGGAUUCGAGCGAGCUUAAGAGUCUGCGAUCACAAUUAGAAGUCUUGUAUUUGCGCAUAGAACAGCUCAGUUCGUCGAAUAGCGGGCCUGUUGUUGCGAAGAAUGAAACGCAAGAACGUGAAUUGAAUGCAUCUUCUACUUCAUAG